UCGACCGGUGGCCACGUACGGCUCCAUGCGUAAAGGGUGAUCCCACGGUCUGGACGGCUCCUACCGGGCGACUUUAACGACGUAUUUUAGAUACUUGGACUACUUUGAAGUACUUUUUUUUUUCUUUGAGAUGCAAGAGGACAUAGUUGUGAAUGAAGGGCUCCCCGCUGGGACUGUAACGCGGGAGGAGGAGGCAGCUAUCGGAUCUGGGAUCUGCUCACAUCUAUAACCAGACAGACGGCGGUUGUUCGGGACAGAGCUGACCGCGGACGGGUUGUUCGGGACAGAGCGGAGGAGGACGGUUUCUCCGAGGAGGACGGAGGUCUUUAACUUGUUCAUUCUUCACGCAGGACAACAAAAAGAGGGUGGUGUGGGUGAGUGGGUGGGGGGGGAAAGUUUGGAAUAAGAGUUUAAAAGUUGGACGCUGGACCCUCGUCUCCUGUAAGUGUAAGCGCCAUAAUAAGGCUGGGAAUAUCACUCUGACUGUAUGAGUUACAUAUAACUAGUUGUAACUUUACUUCAUUGGAGCAGACACACAAAGUAUCUUCAAAAUGGAUAAAUACGAGGAUUUGGGACUCGAGGCGAGUAAGUUCAUCGAGGACCUUAACAUGUAUGAAGCGUCCAGAGAUGGCUUAUUUCGCAUGAGGAGGGACGCAGGAAACAACCCCGACUUUGAAGAGACAAGGAAAGUUUUUGCCUCUAAAAUGACUAAAAUACACAUGCAGAAACAGCAGGAGGAGAUGGCGAAAAACAGCCAGGCCAUUAAAAUGAACGGGGGCCACAACAGCACAUACUACACCAAAGACAGACCACCCAUCAACAGUUACAGGCAGCCGUGCGAAGCGGCAGCGAAGCCCCCGAUGCUCUCUGGCCCCUUGCCGGGCACCGCGGCUGGGACUCAGUACGCACAGUUGGACGGCCAGAAGCACCAUGCCAGCAUCCAGUCUGAACCUCCAGUAGGCAGGGCGUAUGGCUACGGAAACAAUUACGAUAAUAAGGAGCGCUCAGAGCCACAUUCAUACCAGCUCAACCCCCCUACUCCCCCCAGCCCAGGAAACGCGUCUCUCAGCGCGCCUACACAUGCUCGUUACCCGGCCAGCCAGCCGGCGGCCUGGGCCCCAUCCAGAGAGAGCCAGCUUUCUCCAUCUUUGGCUGGGUGUGGGGGCAGCAGCUCAUCUAAGCAGCAGCAGCAGCAGCAGCAGCCCCAACAGCCCCAACAGCCCCAACGCCAAUCUGCACCUUCCACCGGCAACAGUCUUCCACCCCAGCAGAUUCAGGCUGUCCCCCCGUCUUUAAACCCGAGUCCACCCCCAUCUGCUGGGCCAGCCAGGGGAUGGGCUGGAGAGCCCUCUGGCUCAGCUCAACCUGACCUCAUCCCUGGCCUGCCUCUGAGUGCCUUCACAGCAGGAGCUGACUUCCAAACGCAGAAGCCCUCAACACAUUCUGCGGCCCGUUACACACCCUCUUCUUCAACUUCGAGACCCUCCACCAGCCAUAAUGGUCCUCUUGCAGCUUCUUCGCUCCUACCGGCAACGUUUGAAACACCUCUACCCAAAGCCCAGGUGGCAUCUGCGGCCUUGAUUCCUGGCAAUGUGUCCAAAAGCAGCAGCAAGGGUCAAGUUCAGGGCCAAAUACCAGUCUGUGGACAUGCCGUUGGUGCCGAAGCUGAAAUCCUGUGCCCCUCCAAGCCUGCACAACAACCCUGUCAGUCUCUCCCCGCACAGCCCCCCGAACAGGGGCCUUCAGCAGCUGAAAUAAAGUUAGAAGCUCUCACCAAUCGACUGGAAAAAGAGAUGGAUGCCCAACCAAAGGCUGACUACUUUGGCCUCUGUGUUAAGUGCAACAAGGCGGUGUUUGGAGCCAGCCAGGCCUGCCAAGCUAUGGGAAGCCUCUACCAUGACAGCUGCUUCACCUGCAGCGCCUGCAGUCGAAGGCUGAGAGGGAAGGCGUUCUACUAUGUCGGAGGAAGGGUUUUCUGUGAAGAGGACUUUCUGUACUCUGGUUUCCAGCAGUCUGCAGACAAGUGCAACGCAUGUGGACAUCUGAUCAUGGACAUGAUCCUGCAGGCCCUCGGGAAGUCUUACCACCCCGGCUGUUUCCGCUGUGUCAUCUGUAAUGAGAGCCUUGACGGAGUGCCCUUCACUGUGGACACCGAAAAUAAGAUCUACUGUCUCAAAGACUAUCACAGGGUCCUGGCGCCUAAAUGUGCAGCCUGUAACCAGCCCAUCCUGCCUUCAGAGGGGUCUGAUGAAACCAUUCGUGUUGUAUCCAUGGACAAAGACUACCAUGUGGAAUGCUAUCACUGUGAGGACUGUAAGAUGGAGCUCAACGACGAGGAGGGUCACCGCUGCUACCCUCUGAACGGCCACCUUCUCUGCCACUCCUGCCACCUGAAGCACAUGGAGCCGGGCUGCUCCUCUCCUGUUGCCGCAUCCGCCUCCUACUAACACUGCAGUAGGUGGAGGGAGACACCUGGUGGAUUUGUGAAAGAACUGCCAAAGCGUGACUUACAGCAGGAGUCGAUAUGUGCAAUUCUUGUUGUAAAGGAUUGAUUAAUGCAAUGCAUCAGAUCGUACUAUGGUUUGAUGUGUAUUCUCAAAGGAAUAUUAAUGAAGUUUCCAUUAUGCCUAAAGAGGUUUUCAACCAAUAAUGAAGGAUUGUAAAACACCAAAGCCCUACUUUGAAUACAGUGAAGCAUUGAGUUAUACCCACUGCCUAUUGACUUUGUGUGGCCAUAUGUUUUUCUAGUGUAAAUAUCAGUUGCAUUGGCUGAGUAAAUUCAUGGUAGUCAACUCAUUUUAGGAAUGUUCAUUCAACUUCAUGUUCAAUCCAAUUCAAUCCGUAAAUGAACUGUCUAUUGGUAUCAGCUAAGCUAUUGGAAAAUAAUGAUUCAACCAUGAUAAAGUUUCUACAUGCAAUAAUGACAGCUGGUGUGUGUUUACAUAUUAAGAAUAUAGAAAUUGGCAUUGAGCCUCAUUAAAAUAAGUAAUUAGCAUAACAACAACAACAACAACAAUUUUCCAAUUUUAAACCAGAGUUACGGAAAGUUACCUUUUUUCUUCUCACGGUGGUAACUGCACAGACACUCUGCAAAGGGCUUCCAUUUGUUGACCUGCACACAUGAGCCAUCAUUGUGGCUCAUCUUCCAUAUGCAGAGUCCUGUAUAAUGAUAUCAAAUGAUAAUUCUUUAGCAUGACCAUUCCAUAGAAAUAUUAAACAAUGCCAUUACCCCACUGGUUGCUAUGCCUUUGUGUGCCUAGGGCCUAACAUUUUACAGUCAUAUUUGAAAUACAUUUUUUUUGUUUUAAGCACUUAAAGAUAGGUUUGUGAGUUUUUGAUGCACCUAUGAAGUGGUUGGUAUUAGGCUUGUAGAUCCAUGUAUUUUGUUGCAUUUAUAAAAAUAUAUGUUCGUGCAAAACCCCUUAAAUACUAAUUUGAUUUGCAGUGGGAAUUACAGUUUUGAUUGCCUACCUUUGCCAUCCAAAUUGUAUUCAUGUCUUCAGUUUACUUACUAAAUAUUUGAUUGUCAUUUGAGUUCCUUUUCCAUAUGUAUCUGUAGAUUAAGAUUAUGAGCAACAUAACAUAUGUGCUUUAUGAGUGUUGUAAAGAAAAUAUUUAAUAAAUGCA